AUGAAGUUAGAAAGACCUUUUAUAGUAUGGCAUGGACAAUAUCAAAGAAUUGUCACCUUAGAUGUUCAUCCUUUUAUAAAUUUAUUAGUAACAGGAGGUUCCGAUGAAGAAGUUUAUGAAGGAGAAGAUUUAGAAUUUGAAGAAGAAAUAGGUUAUAUCAAGUUGUGGUAGAUUAACGAAAACUACACACCAGGCUAAGGUGGAGAUGCAAAACCAGUAACUUUUAUAAGAGCUUUAAAAAAACAUUCAAAUCCUGUAAAUUGUGUUAGAUUUUCACCUAAUGGUUAGUAUUUGGCAUCAGCUUCAGAUGAUCAUAAAAUUGUCAUUUGGCAUGUUGAUAAGGGGUUUUAGAAUAUAAGCACUAAUUAGAAAAUAUUCAAUUUAGUUCCUAAAAAUAUAUUAGAAGGACACAAUCGCGAAGUUUGUGAUCUUAGAUGGUUUAAUGAUAGUACUCAUUUAAUUUCAGGUGGAAUGGAUUAUAGAGCAUAUAUAUGGAAUGUUAAAGAAGGCGUGAUUAAGCAAACUAUAGUUGGAGCACAUAAAAGUUAUGUAUAAGGAGUAGCUGUAGACCCAAAAAUGAAAUUUUGUCUUACUUUGGGUAAUGAUAGAACUGUCAAAGUAUGGAGAAAGCUAAAAAGCAAUAAUAAAAAGAAAAAUAUUUUUGAAUACAUUCCAUCAAAUACAAUGAAGAGAUUACCUUUUGCAGAUGUUAAUAUUGAAGAAGAAAUGCUUUCUGAUGAUGAAGAUAAAUCAAGUAUUACAGGAAAUUAAAUGAAUGGAGCUAAUGGAGCUGUUAAUUAAGCUAUGACUUAUGGUAUGUUUUUGUCAGAAAGAUAACUUAAUACAUUUGUAAAAAGACCUGAUUGGAGUCCAGACGGUUCCUUCUUCUUACUUCCUGCUGCUAUUUAUUAAGAGAAGAGAGACUCGAAAAUAGAAAUGUGCGUUUAUUUAUAUCGUAGAAAUGUGUUAAAUAAGCCAUCACUCAUAAUAAAUACAAAUAAUAAACCUGCUAUUUGCACUAGAUUCUGUUAAAAAUUAUUUAAAAAGAAAGAGGAAAAUUAAUUUAGUAUGGUUGAUAUACCAUACGUAAUAAUUUUUGCUAUUAGCACAAUUGAUAAUGUUAUGAUAUAUUCCACAGCUUCUCUUUCUCCUCUUGCUGUUGUAGGAAAUAUUCACUUUGCUCUUAUUAAUGAUUUAACCUUCUUCUCUAAUUAAUCUUUAAUUAUUUGUUCUUCUGACGGUAUGUGCUCUUUUGUAUUUUUUGAAGAAAAUGACCUUGGAAAACCAUUAAAUUCAGAAGAAAUUUAAGAUGAAGAAAUUAGAAAUAUUGUAAAUGUUGAAAGCUUUUAUCCAAAUGAGCUUCUCAGAGCAUUAGUGUAUCCCAGUUAAACAAAGCAAAUACUAAAAGAAUACAAUGAAAAUAUUAAAUAAUAAUAAAAAUAACAAUAGUAAAUAACAGAUAUAAAUAGUUAAAAAGAAGAAAAAAAUAAAGAAUAUGUUGUAGAAAAAUUUAAUUUUGCUUGCAUGGAGGAAGAGGAGUAAAUUAUUCCAAUAAAACCUCAAGAAAUAUAGUUUAAAACAACUUCUACAGGAGAGAAGAAAAAAGUAAUUAUUCCUGCAGUUAUUAAGAAAUACUGA